CAUUCUCGGCUAUGCUCGUUCCAAGUUUGAGGAUGUGGACAAGUGGAAAAGGACAACGCUUGCGAGCUGCUUCUCACGGUUGGAUGAACUUGGCUGCUACGUGGAUGCCUUUUUGGAGCGAAUCAGUUACAUGUCUGGGUCCUACGACCGUGCCGAGGACUUUGCACGCCUGAAUGAGAAGGUAUGCCAGAUGGAGCACUCCUUCAAAGGGCCGGAGCAGGGCGGAAACCGUCUCUUCUACCUGGCCCUGCCACCCGCCGCCUUUCUGGACGCGUGCAGAGGCAUCCGCAAGGGGGCGAUGCAGCAGCCCGGCCUGGGCUGGGUGCGUCUCAUCGUUGAGAAGCCCUUUGGAAAGGACACGGAGACCUCCCAGCAGCUCUCGAGGCAGCUUGAGCCGCUUUUCGACGAGAGCCAGUUGUUCCGCAUUGACCACUACCUGGGGAAGGAGAUGGUGCAAAAUAUCAUCGUCACGCGCUUUGCCAACCGCGUUUUCAGCGCGCUGUGGAACAGCAACAAUAUUGCGUGCGUCCGAAUUACAUUUAAGGAGACUAUUGGCACGGCGGGUCGCGGGGGGUACUUUGACAGCAUUGGAAUCAUUCGCGACGUGGUCCAAAACCACCUCACACAGAUUCUUUCUUUGUUGGCCAUGGAAAAGCCGCGCUCCCUAAGCGCCGAAGACAUUCGUGAUGAAAAGGUACUUGUUCUCCGACAGGUGGAACCCGUGACUGUCGAGAACUGCGUGUUGGGUCAGUACACGGCGUCUGCGGAUGGCGCCAUGCCGGGCUACCUUGACGACCCCGCCGUGCCGAGGGACAGCCGCUGUCCAACGUUUGCCGUGAUGCGGCUGUACAUAAACAAUGACAGGUGGAACGGUGUCCCUUUUAUUAUAAAGGCUGGAAAGGCGCUUGAGGAGCGGCUGCUUGGGAUUCGUGUCCAGUUCAAAGACGAAAUACGUCCUUUUGGCGAGCGCACACAGCGUAAUGAACUCGUUUUACGUGCGCAGCCCUCGGAGGCAAUCUAUUUGAAGCUCACCGCAAAGACGCCGGGGUUGCUGCGCGAUACGCAUCAGACGGAACUUGACCUUACCUACGAGCGUCGCUACGACAUAACGCUCCCUGAUGCAUAUGAGAGCCUUCUUCACGAAGCCCUUCUUGGGAGUUCCACCAACUUUGUUCGUAAGGACGAACUGGACGCCGCGUGGAGAAUCUAUACACCACUGCUUCACGCUAUUGACCGCGGCGAGUUGAAGGUUCUGCCCUACGUGGCGGGCACCCGUGGGCCAGACGAGGCUCAGGAGUUCAUUACCAAUUCCGGAUAUAAGUUGGCAACGAGCCAGCAAUGUAAUUGCUCCGCGCCGAAGAAGAGUUCUUUGUGA